AUGCAGUCCUCGUCCUCGCCCGACCAGCAAAACAUCCAGCAAGACACCGUUUCUACACAAACACCAGGUCCUACUAUACCCCUCGUCUCACAAAAACUGUCCCCUCGACAGGCUGCGGGCCAUGGUUCAUUCCCAAGAAACACGCUCAGCAGCAUGCUUGCCAACAAACCAGGAAAUCCGCCCAUGCCGCGUUCUCUGGAGGCAAAGAUGAUAGAGAUGCUCAACCGCCGGCCUCCCCCGACAACCGGCGCCGCCUCUUUCUCAAUCGACUCCGCCGCUCAGGCACUGCAACGAACCCACAUUGGCGAAGCCGCCCACCCUCUUGUGCACCAACCUCAGUCAUUUCCUCCGUCAUCCUCCUCGCCUCGUGGCCGUAGUCCUGCCCCACCAAAACGGAACAAACCCGGUUUUACGCUAUCAGACAUUCAUGGUGACGUAGGAGGAGGUGCCAUCGGCGCCGGCCUGGGAGCAGGAAGGCCUUCACUGGCUGAAUCCCCCCGGAGACCUUCCUCGACUUUUGAUACCCCUUUCGCCAAUUUUAACAAGAUCGUUGACCCAUCUGGCCGCCUCAAUUUUUCCGGAAAAGCAGUUCUGCACGCUUCCGGCGUGGACUUCUCCAACGGCCCGUCCUUUGCCAUUAACAUGGGCCAGCUCGUCCUCAAGCAAGAACUCGGCCGGGGAAACUACGGAACCGUGAAAAUGGUCCUUCACAAGCCAACGAAUGUUGAAAUGGCUAUGAAGGAGAUACGGUUGGAAUUGGACUCGACUAGGCUCAACGGAAUCCUUAUGGAACUUGACAUCCUUCACCGCGCGAUAAGCCCAUGUAUAGUUGAGUUCUACGGCGCGUUCUUCGUCGAAUCCUGCGUGUACUACUGUAUGGAGUACAUGGAUGGCGGCUCCCUGGCCUCCCUGUGCUGCUUCCCGAACGGGAAUGUCUCCCUCCCACCUAGUCUGUCGUCCAGCCCUGGCUCUGCGUGGACAUCAAGCCCCGCUCCAAUCAACGACGAGCACCUGGCACGCAUAGCAUCAUCAAUGACGCGCGGCCUGGCCUUUCUGAAGGACAAACUCGGCGUUAUGCAUCGCGACGUGAAACCGACGAAUGUUCUCGUGAACCGAAAAGGUCAAGUCAAGCUAUGUGACUUUGGCGUCAGUGGCCAACUUGAGAAAAGCAUUGCACGUACCAACGUUGGUUGUCAGAGCUACAUGGCUCCCGAACGGAUAAAGGGUUCUUCUCACAGCAACGUUGACGAAUCAUUUACUUCGUAUUCUGUUAGUGCUGAUGUUUGGUCACUUGGUCUCUCUAUCGUGGAGAUUGCGAGGGGAAAAUACCCCUAUCCUCCUGAGACAUAUGAGAACGUGUUUGCGCAGCUCAGCGCUAUUGUCGACGGCGAGGCCCCCGGACUCCCUGACGACGAUGAAGAAGGCCCUGAAGAGGGCACGGAUGGUAUACUCGCCGUCGACGGUAAACGUAGCGGAAGGUGUUGGUCUUCCGAGGCCCGUCAUUGGGUAAGUAGGUGCUUGGUGAAGAACGCAGACGAACGAGCCACAUACGCUGAGCUUCUUGCUCAUCCGUGGAUGCAAAUGGACUCAGAGCGGGAUGUCGAUAUGGCUGGUUGGGUAGCACGUGCCGUCGAGUGGCGAGAUCGAGGGCGGCGCAGCAAUGGCUAUCCACGAUAUGACUAA